ACAAGGGUGAGAACGAGAGAGAGAGAGAAAAAUAAAAAUUUCCGGCGUCGGUGGAUUUGGUUUUGUUCUCAAUUUCGAGUUUUUGCCUGUUCUACAGCGUUUUUAGUUGUCUUUUGAAAGUCGCCCUGCUAACUAAAACCCUCCUAAAGGAAAACCUUCGAUCUGUUGAAAAAAGCAUGCUGAAAAUGGCAAAUGUUGCAAAUCCCCUGCAAACAAUGAGGAAAACAAACGGCGACGAAGACUCCGAGGAAUCUGAUAUGGAAGAAGAGGAAGAGGACGAGGAGGAGGAGGACGAUCUGCCGGACGAUGUGGUACUCCAAAUCGACAGCGAGGAUGAGGCGGAACUGGAGGCACAGCGCAUUCGCUUGGUGGAAGAGGAAGCAGCAAAGACAACAAAAAAAGAAGAGACAGAUCAGCAAGAACAGCAACAACAAAAGCAGCAAGGGCAGGUCAGUAACGGUAAAGCAGAGCACUUGGAGGAAACUGGAACGCCCAGCUCCAGUCACAACAACAAACGCAAGGGUCGUGGAAGGCCGAAACGCAAACCAUCUACAAGUUCCCAAGCCUCCAGUGCAUCAGUUGCUUCGCUCGCUUCCAGCGGCUCACUGGUGGCCGCCCAAGUGCUUGCGGAUGAAAAGUCACGGCGGUUCAUCUACAGCUGUUCCAGCUGCACUCACCACUACGGGCAUAGCCUGAUCCUCUCCAGACAUUUUCAGCGGGAGCAUGCCGAGAAGCCGAAGAGAAAACGGGGCAAACCGAAGGUAUCGGUUGAAGAGCACUUGGUUACUCCACCCAUGAUUCUUGACCCACUGGCAAUGAGUCACCUGAAGCCCUGCGCCCAGUUGCUCGUCCAAGGAGAAUCCCUGCUGCAGCUGUGCCUCGCCUGCAACUCACAGUUUGUGGACGAGCAGCGCUUCCAGGAGCAUCUUAGCCAGCAGCAUGGUUACUUCAAGCUACUGGUGCCCAAGGAAGAACCCAACGAUCUCCCUCCACAUGCCAUGGUCACCAUUCCGGGGGCUCUGGCUGUCGGCAAAGCCAACUCCCAGCUCCUGCUGCCCAUUCCGGCCCCAGAAACCCCUCCACCCGAGCAGGAUGUUAAGGAAAUGCCUCCAAGUACAGGCAGCAAUGACCACGAGGAUCUGGCCAUGAUCAACACCAUGGUGGCCCAAAUUACAGCCGAGCGUGUGAAGAAGACGAGCAGUCCUAAGGUUAGCAAGAUGAUUAUAAAGUUGCCCACGGUCACCAAAAGAGGCAGGAAGCGCACCAAGCCAGAGAAGAUCAGCGAUGAAAAGAGUCGAGAGAGAAAGCAGGAGAUGCCAGGGAAAAAACAGAAAGUGGACAAAAAGAAGGAAGAUUUGAUGAACUCGGCACCCAAGAAAUCUCAUAAAGAGUUGGAAGCGCAGCAGGUAAAUGCUGGAAAGGAUCAGCAAAUACCAGUGGCGGCUGAAGUUGAACAGCAACAAUUGGAAGUCCAGAAAAGACCGGAGGAGUUAAAGAAACAAGACCAGCACGAGAAAGAUUCAAAGGAUAAGCUUGAGCAGACAAUGAAAACGAUUGAUUCGCAGCCAGUGGCAAAUGGAUUAAAAGGAAAACAGUCGCUGGAGAAACCAUCAAAUCAACUAGAGGUGGUUGUGGAACCUGUAAAGGAAAUUCAGCCGCUUAAUAAACUGUCACCGGUAAAAGAUGCGGAAAAGCCAAAUCAGCCGAAGAAAAUUGAAAAUGAUACACAUCUUACAAACGAUGACAAAGAUCAGCAGAAAAAAUUGGAAAAUCAAGCAGAUCAACAGCUGGAGAAAGCUGAAAAACCUAAAACAAUGGACAAAUUGGAAAAGGAACAGCUUCCAACACAAGAAUUGUCCAAUCCAGCCAAGCGCAAGCGCGGCCGCAAGGAGCGCAAGUCGCCUUCUCCCGUUCCCAUUCCGCUGGCAGACAAAGAAAUUAAGGAGGAGUCAGAGCCGUCAGAGCGGCGCACGCGCAAGUCGCGAAACCAUGUAGACUAUAUGGUGGAUAUCAAAGAUGAGGAGGAGGAAAAGGAGGACGACGAGGAGGAGGUAGAUGAUGACUCCUCGGCCACGAUUUCGCCGCACAACAGCUCAACGGACGAGAGCUUCGUCUCGAUCAAACGUGAGUCAUCCGAGGAGUCUCAGCGCAACGAAGGUGGCAUACACACUUGCAAUUUCUGUGGCAAAACCUUUAAGCGUUUCUCGAGAAUGCAGGAUCAUUUGCGUCUCCACACCGGAGAGAAACCCUACGUGUGUGGCCAGUGCGGCAGGGCUUUCCGCCUGAAGAUGCGUCUGGUGGAGCACCAAAUGCGUCAUCGCACUGAGAAGGCGUACAAAUGCGAGAUAUGUUCGAUGCCUUUGGCCACAAAGCAGGAUCUUUCGCUGCACAUGCGUCAUCACAAGAACGAUCGGCGUUACAAGUGCGACAAGUGCAACAAGGGAUUCGUUCGCAGCUCAGACUUGUCCAUUCACGUGCGAAUUCAUACGGGUGAAAAGCCGUACAGCUGCGAUCUGUGCGGAAAGGCGUUCCGUGCUCGCCAGAAUUUGGUCGUCCAUCGGCGUACUCAUCUCGGAGACAAACCCAUUCAGUGUGAGCUGUGCGACAAGCGUUUCGCUCGCAAGAUCGACAUGAGGGUGCACAUGCGCAGGCACACGGGUGAAAAGCCUUACAACUGUGAUGCCUGUGACCGUGGCUACUCCUCCCGAGUAAAUCUGUUGCGCCACCAGGAGCGUGAGCAUGGGAAAGAAGAGAAGCCCGCUGCCAAAGCGGAGAAGAAACAGCCGGAGCCCAAAGCCAAAGCAGCACCACGACGUCCUCGACGAGAGAAGCUGCAGCAAAAGAUUGCUGUCCAGGAGAAACUACUGAACGACCUGAAACGCAGCUUGAGUGCCCUGCCCGAAGUGCCCGAGGAGUCGGCACAGCCCAAACACACUGAAGCCACCUUGGAACUGCCGGCAGAUGCCGGAGCAGGGCAUGCCCAAGUCCAGGUCACAGUGUCCAUGCAAAUGGAACCGGCACCCAGUCACGAAGACGAUGAGGAGACCACGCCGGAGAAGGAGAACGUUUUGUCCAGCUCAACGACCACCGAUGGGAAGACGAAGGCGAAUCGCAAGAUCACCAGCUACUUCACUGUUGUGGGUCAGCAGGCGGAAAUCUAAAGACUUAAGUUCAGGGUCAAACACAUUUCUUACUCAUUAACUUUUAAGAUGCCACUGUACUUGGAAAUGAUGGAGACAUUUCCCUAGCGUAGCGUACACCUCGCAAUUUUACUUUUUUGGAUUUUUAAUGCAAUCUUGCAGCAGGGAUCAAGUAUUUUCUAUAUAUACUAUUUAUACAUGUACGAUAAUUUUGAGGUUCUACGAAGAUGGAUUCACGGGAUAUAUUUAAUGAUGUGAAGGACAUAUAACCAACAUGAACAAAAAAGACUACUUUUUAAAAGAAAUAAUGAUAUUUGAUAUUUGAAAAAAUCAAGCAAGAGACUGCAAAGAGUUUUAUAACAUAAAUAUAUAUAUUUUUCUAACGACAGAGCAACUUUUGUGAACAAAAUAAGUUAAACUAUGUAAAAAUACCAAUAAACUAGUAAGUAAGUUAGGGAAAUGUUUGCAACCGAACAUCUUGAAAUCCAAUUGCUGAAACUCGAAUCCCCUUUAAACCGAAUUGAAGUCUUAAUCAAGGUUUUUUAUAAAUAAUUUGUAAACAAAUGUUCAGCCGAUUCAAUCUUAUCGAGCUUCAAUAUCAGCAGAACAUGAUAUUUAUAAACAAAUGCGCACAACGAUUCGAAUUUGAUUUGCAAACAUUUCCACUUCAUUCCCCUUGCAUUUAAACACCGUACGACCCACAGAAUAUUUCACAAUUUCAUUUAAUUUCACAGCACACAUGAAAUCAAUUGCAAGUCAUUUUGUAUGCAAUUCGUACGAAAUCUCCAGCGUAUACUCAAAAUUCCAAAACAAAUUUAAUUUAAUGAAAAUAAUUUAAAUUUAUAUUAUAUAAGCAUUUAAAUUGUGUUCGGGAAAAAUGUAUUUUCCCUUGCAAAGAAUUCUACACUAUCUCAGCACUUACUAUAUUUAUUUUAUAAACUUUACGCAUUUACUUUAACAUAUUUACUUAAUUUCUCGAAUCGUAAGCGUAGAGAAAAGACAAUGCAAAAAGUCAGCAGCGUUUAUUUCCUACAAAUAAUAUUUGAACGCAUUUUUUGUAAAUUGAAUUUGUGGCAGCUUCUCUCAUUCUGUAGCAUCUAAGAGAGUCCAAUGAAGAAUAUACGUUACUUUAUAAUUUCA